AUGACGAGCUUCAACCGCAAGACUUCACCCAACGACGAUCGAUUGACACCCUCCCCCUCCGCUUCUAGUGUGAGCCGCAAUACGUCGGGGUCCAUCGCGGUGCAAUCAAACGGCGAGUCCAAAAAGAACGAUCCGAAUGAUGAGUCACGUCUGCCGAUGCCUUCGGACACGAUGCCGUUGAAGAUGCCGGACGACAACGACCCGGGGCAGUCCCCGCCGGAGCGCAAGCCCGAGCCCUCGGACACGCUCGAGAUCCUCCGCGGCACCCCCGUGCCCGAGGACGAAGACGCCGACGCCAGCUCGGGCAGCGGCACGUCGAGCGGCUCCCGAGGCGGCACCUCCUCCGGUUCCACGAACGCCCCGACCUCCUCGGUCGACACCAUCCUGGGUCGCCUCGUCGUCGAGCAGGGCCUCGCGACCGAGGGCGAGAUCGCCGAGUGCAUCAGCCGCAAGCGCGAGGACGCGUCGGAUCGCUCCCUCGCGGACCUGCUCGUGCGGAACAACAUCGUCACCGACCGCCAGCUCACCCGGCUCAAGUCCGCCGUCGAGGCGGAGCGAUCCGGGCAGAAGCUCCCGGGCUACCGGGUCAUCGGCAAGCUCGGCGCCGGCGCGAUGGCGACCGUCUUCAAGGCCAAGCAGAUCUCCCUGGAUCGCCUCGUCGCGAUCAAGGUCCUGCCGCGGAAGUUCUCGACCAACCCGCAGUUCAUCGAGCGGUUCUACGCCGAGGGGCGUGCCGCGGCGCAGAUGAACCAUCCGAACAUCGUGCAGGCGUUCGACGUGGCCAAAGCGGGCGAGUUCCACUACUUCGUGAUGGAGUACGUCGAGGGCGAGACGGUCCACGACGCGAUCGUCCGGGACAAGCGCUACAACGAGGCCGAAGCGCUGGACAUCAUCAUCAUGACGGCCGACGCGCUGCGCCACGCCCACGAGAAGGGCCUGAUCCACCGCGACGUGAAGCCCAAGAACAUCAUCAUCACGCCCAACGGCGUCGCCAAGCUCGCCGACCUCGGCCUCGCCCGAGCGAUCGACGACAAGGACGCCGCCCUGGCGGAGAAGGGCAAGGCCUACGGCACGCCGUACUACAUCUCGCCCGAGCAGAUCCGUGGCGAGGUGAACGUCGGCCCGCAGGCGGACAUCUACUCCCUCGGCGCGACGCUCUACCACAUGGUCACGGGCAACGUGCCGUACAACGGGAAGAACCCCACCGAGGUGAUGCAGAAGCACCUCAAGGCCCCGCUCGUCGCCCCGGACCACGUGAACCCGAAGCUCUCGACGGGCAUCUCCGAGGUCAUCGAGAUGAUGAUGGCCAAGGACCGGCGCAACCGCUACAAGGACGCGGCCGACCUGCUGGUCGACCUCCGGGCGGUGCGGACGGGCGAGCUCCCGCCCAUCGCGCACAAGGACGCCCCAGCCGAGACGCUCAAGGCGAUCGCCUCCUCCGAGGCGGCGCAGUCGGCGCCGAUCGCGGUGGACAAGACCCGCGAGCCCUCGCCCUUCGCGAACAAGACCGUCCAGUCCGUGAUUUUCGGGCUGGCGAUCUUCGGGCUCGUGAUGACGGGCGUCGCGUUCAUCGCCCUGUUCAGCUAA